UGUCAUUAUUCGGCUAUUUGUUGACGCGUCAUAAUCGCUCGUAGACAAAAACGAAUAUUAUUUUGUACUUAACCAAAUAGUAAGAAGCAGCAUUUAAGGCAGACAAAUUUCGCUAAAAUAACCUUUGGUGGAAAUUAGAAUAAUUAAAUAAGUGUACAAUGGCGCCAUCACAAAAGGGUAAACAAGGCACAAAAGGAGCGAAGCAGAUUGUGGAGGAAAAUAAGGCCACUUUGAAGUUUUAUAGGAAUAUGGCAAUAGGUAGUACUGCUGGUAACGUUUUAAUAAAUCUGAUAUUUUUUGGUCUGAGCAAAGUAACUGUGAUUAUGGGCAUCAUAGCCGUGUUGUCGUUAGCUGCCGCCGUUCAGUUUAUGGUUUUCAUGUCGCGACCAAAGUACUCUGAAACGGGCGCUAUUCUUGAUUCCGGUAACGAUUUGAAUAUGGAAGGUGGAAUUGCAGAAAAUGUUAAGGAUCUAAUCAUUCUGACAGCAGGUUCGCUUUUGCUUUCCCUGUUGUCGAAUUACUUUUGGUUCCUCUUACUCUUGGCACCACUGCGUGCGUUCUGGAUGUUGUGGGGUAGUGUGAUACAGCCUUGGUUAUCACAACGCAACGCUGCUGUCGAGGAACCUGAAUUGGACGAAAAGAAACAACGUAAACUCGAACGUAAAAUGCGUCGUAUGAGAUGAAUAUGCUGAGGUUAAAGAUCAGCAAUAUAAAACAGUGCCCAAUGAGCCUUGAAGUCAAGAAUGCGGCUAAAUGUAUUGCGAAUGCCGAUUAUGCCUGUAAUACAGAUGCUGUUCAUCAGAUAUUAAGUGGUCUAACAGUUAAUAUUUAAUUUGGUUAUUUGCCUUUCUGUAUUUGGUUCUCGUCUAUGUUGCAGCAGAUUAAUUCUAGUUACCAAUUUUGUUUGUGGUGUGUUUUGGUAGAAAAUAGUUUUUUAUAAGUAUUUAUAAGCAGUCGAUUUUUAAAAUAAGAAACAUUAAAUAAGAAGAAUUUAAAACAAACUA